UCCCAAGACAAGGAACCAAAUACAGCGAACGAGGGAAAAGGAAAGAGGCUUGAGAGAAAAGAAACUAAGGGAACUACACAAUCGCCAACGAGAUCACUUUGAGAUCAAGACUUGAGAGAACGACUUUUCUUUGGAGUAGAAGAGAACUAAUCUGCUGCUGUACAAUGUCUGCAGGAAAAGUGACAGCUGUGCUCCUCUUUGCUCUCUUCUGCUGGGUGUCUGAUGCCCAGGAGUGUAAUGGGGAAUGCCAGUGCCCAAAUAAAGUGCCUGUGUGUGAUCCUGGAGUCAGCCUGGUGCAGGAUGGCUGUGGCUGCUGCAAGGUGUGCUCCAAGCAGCUAGGGGAGCUGUGCACCGAAAGAGAUGUGUGCGACCCACACAAAGGGCUCUUCUGUGACUUCGGAUCCAGAGUGAACAGGAAAAUUGGAGUUUGCACUGCCAGGGAAGGUGCCCCUUGUGUGUUCGGAGGCACUGUGUAUAGAAGUGGGGAGUCUUUCCAGAGCAGCUGCAAGUACCAAUGUACUUGUAUCGAUGGGGGUGUGGGAUGUGUUCCACUUUGCAGCAUGGACAUCCGCCUGCCCAGCCCCGAGUGCCCCUUCCCACGAAGAGUCAAACUGCCUGGCAAGUGCUGUGAAGAAUGGGUCUGUGAUCAACCUCAAGAGAGAACCUUAGUCGGACCUGCUUUGCCUGCUUUCAGAAUGGAAGAAACCUAUGGUCCUGAUCCAUCCCUAAUCCGCGCCAACUGCCUAGUACAGACUACUGAAUGGAGUGCUUGCUCAAAGACCUGUGGCAUGGGAAUCUCCACCAGGGUCACUAAUGACAAUGAGCACUGCAGACUGGAGAAACAGAGCAGACUCUGCAUGGUCAGGCCCUGUGAAGCUGACCUAGAAGAAAACAUCAAGAAAGGGAAAAAGUGCAUCCGUACACCAAAAAUUUCAAAACCAGUGAAGUUUGAAUUUUCCGGCUGCACCAGCGUAAAAACCUACAGAGCCAAGUUCUGCGGUGUGUGCACUGAUGGUCGUUGUUGCACUCCUCACAGAACCGCUACCCUCCCAGUUGAGUUCAAGUGCCCUGAUGGUGAGGUCAUGAAGAAGAACAUGAUGUUCAUCAAGACAUGCGCAUGCCAUUUCAACUGUCCAGGAGACAACGACAUCUUUGAGGCCAUGUACUAUCGGAAAAUGUAUGGAGACAUGGCAUAGAGGCAGAGAAACACACUUCAAAGACUUUUUCACUUGAAAUAACUUUGCAUCUCAUUGCUAAACAUAAAUGUAUAGCACAAGAGCAUAUUUAAAUGUAAUUAAUGAAAAGUCUUUAUUUUGAAGACUUAAAACGUUAAAUGACCCCAGUCGUUGGUUUAAAGAAAUUGGCACAAAACAAGCCACAGCCACUGACUUGAGUGUAAUGUGCUGUCACUGUACUCCCAAAAUUCCGGUACAGUAUAGGGAUGUCCAUCAUGUGACCUUUACCUGAAACUGUCAUGUCAUGAGAGCAUCACAUAUUGGCCACAGGUUGGACAUAUCUGGUAAUCUGCAUUGCACCCAGUCAAGCUACUGGAAAAAAAUUUCUAUUUACAGUAUAUGAUGAACUGGCGCUAUGUCAGUGACCGCUGAAGUUUUAUAGCCCAACUACCUUAUUGUUCUGAAGAAAGCCGUCCUUGUGGGACAGCUGUUUUAGAAACCCCUAAGUACAAAUUGGGAGGAACUUUAACUACGUCUGUUACAAGACUGGAAAGAUUGUAGCAUAUCAAUGUACAUGCUGUAAUCUUGUUUUAUUAUUAUUGUAUAUAAUGUAUAUAUAUUUUUGUACAGUUAUCUAACUUAACUUAAAUUUGUUUCGUUCUUCAUUUUUUACAAUGCUUUAAUAUGUGUAUGUUAACCGUUUUUAUUUUUGUUUGUUUGCGAUAAAUCUAUGCUUAUCUGAAAAAGAAACCAUUCAAAGCACGAAAUAGAUUCUCAAAUAGAAAUUGUUCUCAGUUAAAGAGAGGGACAGUCCAGUGACUGCUUACAGUUCUGUUUAUUACGAGCCAUCCGGCAGUGUUGAUUGUACUGGAAACAUUGUAUUAACUUGACUUCCUUUAGGUGCCAGAGAGGUAUCCAGUGCAUUUCACAAGAAAGCAAGGGCAACUUCUCUGGUACAUAUGGGGUGAAUGAACAAAUAACCAGUUGAGUGUAUAUCCUGAAACGGAUCCAUGUAUUUUGAACCAGAUCAUCUGUUUCCUCCUUUGACCAUGACUGUUCUAUUUUCAACAGUUUGUUACGUGUUGAGAAGUGUGACCAAAUGGUACAUGUUUGCACUUUUCUAGAUGAAAAAUAAAAUUACUUUAUUUUUAUAUAAAA